AUGCCGUUCACGGCUCGUUCAUCACCUCCACGUGGAGCGAAAUUGGAUAUGAGUGCAGAGGAAAGAGAUCAGAGAACAUUAUUCAUAUUGCAGAUUGCUCGACAGACACGACCACGGGAUUUGGAAGAGUUCUUCAGUGCUGUUGGCAGUGUACGAGAUGUGCGAAUAAUUACGGAUUCGCGUACAGGACGAUCUAAAGGAAUUGCAUACGUAGAAUUCUGGGAAGAAGAAAGCGUUCCAUUAGGACUAGCCCUUAGCGGGCAGAAGCUGCUUGGAGCUCCCUUAGUAAUUCAGCGUACGUGCGCUGAACGUAAUCGGGCAGCCAAUGCUACGAUUGGAACUACUCUCGGAUUUGGACCGGCUCCUUCGAAGGGACCAUGCAAAUUGCAUGUAUCUCAUUUGCAUCCCAACAUCACGGAAAGCAUGUUAGAUGGCAUAUUUGAUGCAUUUGGACGUGUGGAAAAGAUAGAGGUUGUGAAAGAUCCAGCUGGUAAUAGCUUAGGAUAUGCCUUUGUGACGUUCAAAUUGACAGAGGAUGGUACAAAAGCAAUGGAACAGUUGAAUGGUUUCGAGAUUGCUGGGAAACCUAUUAAAGUUUUUUUAGAUGGUUUUUUCUCAUUCUAUCGAUCUGACGAAGAGUCAAUACGGCAACGAAGUUUAGACGACGUAGCCGACGAGAAACAAGGCCUUGCCCUAGGACAGGGUGGGCGCAUUCAGCUCAUGGCGAAACUCGCCCAAGGUACUGGAAUUGAAUUGCCACAGGCUGCUCAACAAGCUCUUCAACAACAAGCUGCAGAUCCUACUAUUCCAGCAAUAGCAACGCAAUGUUUUAUGUUAUCAAAUAUGUUUGAUCCGAAAACUGAAACUCGUCCUAUGUGGGCGGCUGAAGUACGCGAUGAUGUCAUUGAAGAAUGUUAUAAGAAUGGUGGCGCGCUUCACGUAUACGUAGAUACGGCUAGUCCACAAGGCAAUGUGUAUGUGAAGUGUCCGUCAAUUGCGAACGCUCAUAAAAGUGUUUCCGCUCUUCAUGGACGUUGGUUCAGCGGAAAGGUAAUUACUGCCAAUUAUGUACCCGUGUCUUCAUAUCACGAACUAUUCCCGGAUGCUGUAGUGGCACGAAAUAUCCUUGUACCGAAACCGCAGGACCAGGCAAUGCUGCCUGCACAAGCACCGGUUACGAAUUUCGCUGUGCUCCCUCCUCCAACAGUGUCUGGAUACAGUGGCCCUGCUCCACAAGCAGGAUUUUAUUGA